CCCCGCGCCGCCCCUCCACUUCCGCCGCCGCCGCCCCACGCCCUUCCCGCCGCGGCCGCGCGCGCGCCUCGCCCGCCCCCCGCCCGUCUCCCCGCCGCGGCCGCGCGCGCGCCCGCCCUCGCGCCACUUGUCUCUGCCACCCGGCGGCGGCGCUGACGGGGACGGCGCUCGCCCCUCUCACACGGACAGAGGUAAAAUUCAUCAAUUUCAGAAUGUCAUCAGUCAAACGCUUGGUUUAUGCGGUCAUCCAUUUCUUGAGAGAACAGAGUCAGAUGGAUACUUUCACUCCAGAUGAACAAGAAAGCUUGGAAGUUGCAAUUCAGUGUCUGGAGACUGUUUUUAAGAUUAACCUGGAAGAUACUCAUCUUGCACCUCCACAGCAUUUGAUAGAGAUGUUCACAAAUUCUUUUCACAAGAAUGACAUGCUGCCUCUCUCAGAUUCUUUACCAGAAGAUGUUGAGAAGGCUGACCAGCUGAAGGAUGAAGGUAACAAUCACAUGAAAGAAGAAAAUUAUGGUGCUGCAGUGGAUUGUUAUACUAGAGCUAUAGAACUGGAUCCAAACAAUGCAGUCUAUUAUUGCAACAGGGCCGCUGCUCAAAGUAAGCUCAGCAACUACAGUGAAGCAAUAAAGGAUUGUGAGAGAGCCAUAGCAAUAGAUCCAAAAUACAGCAAAGCAUAUGGGAGAAUGGGGUUGGCUCUGACCUCAGUGAAUAAAUAUGAAGAAGCAAUUACCAGUUACCAAAAAGCACUUGAUCUUGAUCCAGAAAACGACUCUUAUAAGUCAAAUUUGAAAAUAGCAGAACAGAAACUAAGAGACAUGUCCAGUCCUACUGGAACUGGACUGAGUUUUGACAUGGCAAGCUUGAUAAACAAUCCUGCCUUCAUUAGUAUGGCAGCAAGCUUAAUGCAGAAUCCUCAAGUUCAACAGCUGAUGUCGGGGAUGAUGUCAAAUGCCAUUGGUGGGCCUGCUGCAGGUGUUGGUGGCCUGUCGGAUUUGUCCAGCCUGAUCCAUGCGGGGCAGCAGUUUGCACAACAGAUACAGCAGCAGAAUCCCGAGCUCAUAGAGCAACUGAGAAAUCAUGUCCGGAGCAGAUCAUUCAGUGGCAGCACUGAAGAGCAUUCCUGACUUAAAGGAGGCAUAUAAAUGGGAAUGGUAUAUAACCCCAAAAUGCAUACCAUAGUUAGUAGCAAAAGCACUAUUGUAACUCUUCUGCUUGAAUAGAAGACAGAAAAUUCUUUGUGCGUGUUCUGCAAACGAGAAUAAAUCUGUUAAACAGAUCUAUUGCACAUAACUUGGAACAUAUCGUUUAGGUAUAGUUACUCCUCUGAAAAUUAAUACACUAGAUAGAUGGAGUGGUUUAUUAAAAUCCCAACAUACAUGUCAUUUUCAGUAUGUGCAUCAGAUUGAUCUCCAGGGCUUUUGAGUGAAGGAGUUUUGUGCUGGACUGAUAAGCUUGCAUAAUAGCUUAAGUCUAAAAUCCUAGUGUAAAAGGCAUAUUAUUCUGAUAGUGAAAAUUUUUAUGGUUGUAUUUCCUGCCAAAUGUGCUAUUGAAACAAUACGUUAAUCAGCCUUUCUGAUGUACAUCUGACAUGCCCCAUAUAACAAGCAUAAAUAAGUGUUGGAAUAUAGAGUGUAAAAAUUAAUGCUUGGAAAGCUUGUUUCUUCAAGACCUUGGCGGGGCUGAAAACAGUAACAUGAAACACUUUCCAACUUCAUUUGGCAGGAGGGAGGGAGAUGAUUGCAUACAGAGGAGUACCACAAACUGUACAGAAAGAGAAGAUACUAAUCUUAAGCAGGAUAAUGCACAGAAACCAAAAGGGAACUUGCUUGGGAAAAGGGAGGAGUGUUGAAGUUCUAGGAUUUUCUACUGCCAUGUAUACAUUUAAAUCAUUAUGGUAGCCCUGGAGGUCAGCAUUAUGGCACUAUUUGCAUAGGCAUGGCAAGCUGUAUUACAUUUUAUAUGUAUGCAGUAUUUAACAUAAGCUUAAAAUCUUUAACUGUAAUGAGCUAAAACUUGUCCCAUGACUGUACAAAUAAUUAGUAUUGAAAAUUUAUCCCAGAACUGCCUUAGAAAGAAUGAUUCUCUAUAUAAUCUCAUGUGAUGAAUCACUGGCUUAAAAAAAUUAAGAACUUUUAAAGUUUCAUUAUACACAUGUAUCUUAAGUGAUGGUUAUGUGGCCAAGUUAAAGCUUUUCCAGUCUUUGGUGUUUCUGUCUCCACCCUGGCGUUUCUUGCUUGCCUAAUCUUACUCUUUCAGAUAAUACUGCUUUCCUGUAUUUUUAUUUCUUUGCCUGUUUUUAUUCUACUUGCUGUUCACAUUGCUUUCUGCUGCAAGGUAUGUUUGUUUUCACUUCAGGGAGAUUCUCAACAUGCACAAUUUUCUUUUUGUAUAUCAAAACUAAUUUGAGGAGCCUGCUUUGAUUCCUAAGACAAAGUGACCUCUGCUGUCUGGCCAGCCUGAAAGAAGUAUGGAGAGGAAUGACAGUAGAGACUCCCAAAUGGAGAAAUACACAGAAACCCCUGGCAUCAUACAUUUUAUCUGAUUCAUCUUGCAGUCAAAAAAGAACAUACAGAGUAGAAGCAAAUGCAAAAUUUGAGGCUAAGAAGUCAGGCACUUGACUCUAAGAGAUGCUAGUUUCUGCAGCUAUUAAAACAGGAAAAAAAAUGGAACUGGAUUAAGGGGGAAAACAAGAAAAACAGGAAAUCCAUAAUAACAUCUGUUGAAUAAAGAUUUAAAUCUUAAUAAAAUGACUUAAACAACUUUAAGACACUUUAUUCAAUAGUUUGCCUAAACUAUUAAAUUCUCAUUAAAAUGCUGCUUUUUUUUACUCUCUAUAGAAAUUGCUGUAGCUGCAUUUUUGAUGCUGUAGAAAUAGUUACGCAUUUCUAAGUAACAACUGACUUCACUUAUCAUGACAAAGAAGAGACUCCCUCAACCUAAUCCUUUUUCAGAGGUAGUUCAAACUCUGUAUAUAAUCUCUUCAGGAUAACUGGUACUCGAAAAGUUAAUUCAGUUUCAGCCUGUUCAGUAACACUCAACAGACAGGUUACCCUUUAUAAGAACGAACUGUGGAGGCUGUAAGUGAGCUACAACUGUUGUAUAAACAUAGCUUGGAGGAGCAUGUUCUGUCAGGAGAGAGCAGCAGCAUGCCUAUCAAUCACACAUGCAUCCUGUUAAAUUUCAUUUUUUCCUCUUCUCAUUUAUAUUUUCAACUGCUUAAAGUGAAUUCUAACUUGGAUAAGGGGAACCAAUGAACACAGGGUGGACUGGACGGUACUUAAGCUAUCGCACUCAAUUUACCCUUGCUUUCUGAAAGUAAUCUUCAUGUAGUUAGUUAUCUUUCCGCUUCAAACCAGCAGAAGCAUCAAGAACCCCUUGAUAGUUCCUUAAGAAUUGCAAAAUAUGAGACUAAACAACUGUCUCUAGAGAUUGCUCUGUCUUCAGUAAAUAUACUUUUUCCUCCUUUGAUUGUUAUUGUUCAUAUAUACAGCCUUAUUAGCUUCACGGAUUUAUGGGAGAACUGUCCCCAAGGUAAAAUGGAAAUAUUGGUUAAUUAUGCUGCAAACUACUCUUGAGAUCAUCUUUACAAAAUGGUAAUUUCCAUUUCACAUACUAUAAUAUUGUCAAAUUUACUUUUUACUCCAGUAAAGAUUAUACGUAACCAGAAUAUUUACCACAACUUUGAUGGCAUUAGCUAACCCUUUAGGAAUGUGCUACGACUAACACAGUACUUAACUUGUAAACAUCCUGUUUUCAGUAUAUUAACAGAAAGGGCUUUAUAGCCUGAAUUAAGAAAAAAAAAGGAAAUAAAACCCUAGUAACAGUGGCUGUCAUUACAUGCUUUUCCAUCUGAAGCCAGAAACAGAGGGAUCAUUUACACUAAAAUCUAUUUUGCCUUGAAUAGGCUAGUUUGUUUCACAAAGUCAUGCAAUAUGUCUUAAUCACAGGGUGAGGAAGGAAUCUUUUCCUGUGUAAUAACUGCACCUUAUUUUGCACUAAAGUUUUUCAUUGUGGUAGAUCAAGUGGUAAACAACAAUCCAAGUGAACACUGUUUUAAUUUGAGGCCAACUGCAGUUUAUCAUUUAACUGAAUAAAUAAGCAUUUAAACCUUUUUGUAUUGUUACUGUUCUAUCAGCAAUUAAGUGUGAUAAUUGUUUAGAGAAGAAAAUGUUUUGCACUCAUGAAUUGUAAACUCCUGUAACUAGCUUGCAUGGAAAUAUAUUCUUCUAACUGUACCUAAUCAGAAAAACGUCUAAUUAAAUAUUCAGCAUAGAAAUAGUUUCAGUUGUACUUUUGGUUUUGUAAUAAUUAAAAAGUUAACUUCUCCAUAGUCAAGGGUGCAAUUGGUUUUAUUUAUAAAAACUUAUGUUAACUGUAAUUAAUUCCUAUAAUUUUUGCAUAGCAGUUUGCCUGAAAAAAUCACUCAUUCAUACUGAGAAAGAAUUUGUCUGUAACUUCUGAUGGAAACUUCCCACACUGCUUGAGGGCUACAGAUAGUCAUAAGUGAUACUGGCAAAAUGCAGUUUGCCUGCCAUUUCUGUCUCUCUCCUACCUCUUACUACCAUAUGGUUAUAUCUCCUUUAACUUGUGUCAUUUAACUUGAAAACAGAUUAUAAAUAAAGUUAUUUACAUUUUUUUGUGUG